GCACCCUGUGCCCCUCUGCCAGUUGCCCAUGUGAGGUUUUUAAUAAGGUGGAUGCAAGAGUUGGUCUUGCUCUCUUCUGGGUGACGCGGAUUGGAAGGGGUUCUCCAUACUUUUCAUAAAUAUUUUUAGCACCCUGCAACAUUUAAUUUCUGAAACUGCAAAUAAAUCUAGCUUAUCCUAGAGAGGAGCCAUGAAGUGGACCUGGGUGCUUGUGGCGGUCUUGCUGUCCUUUUGUGGGCUAUCACUGGGCAAGGAGAGCCUGGACUUCCCUGAGUACGAUGGCAAGGACCGUGUCCAUGACCUCAACGCCAACAACUAUAAGUCUGUGAUGAAGAAGUACGAUGUCAUGGUAGUGUACUACCAUGACCAUCCUGGAUCCAGCCGCGUCGCCCAGAGACAAUUUGAGAUUGAGGAGUUGGCCCUUGAGCUUGCAGCCCAGGUCCUGGAUGAAUUUGAGGAUGAUGAUAUUGGAGUCGGUCUCAUCGAUGCAAAGCAUGACAAGGCCGUAGCAAAGAAAUUAGGCCUUGAUGAGUCCGACAGUAUCUUCGUCUUCACAGAGGAUGAAGUCAUAGAAUAUGAUGGCGAGCUCGCAGCAGACACCCUUGUGGAGUUCAUCUAUGAUGUUCUUGAAGACCCAGUGGAAAUCAUUGACAAUAGUAGGGAGCUGAAGGGCUUCGAAAACGUCGAAGAGGACAUCAAACUGGUGGGCUACUUUAAGAGUCACAAGUCAGAACAUUUUGAGGCAUUUGUUGAUGCUGCUGAAGAGUUCCAUCCUCAUAUCCAGUUCUUCGCCACAUUCAAUCCAAAGGUGGCCAAGGCCCUGGACCUUAAGCUCAAUGAGGUAGACUUCUACGAACCCUUCAUGGAUGACCCAGUUGUUAUCCCAGGAAAACCUUACACUGAGGAUGAGCUGGUGGACUUCAUUGAAGAUCAUGACAGACCAACUCUGAGGAAGCUGCAACCACACAACAUGUACGAGAUCUGGGAGGAUGAUGUUGACGGUGAACACAUCAUUGCUUUUGCUGAGGAGUCUGACCCAGAUGGUUUUGAGUUCCUUGAGAUCCUGAAGCAAGUUGCCGAGGAUAACACUGAUAACCCAGAUCUUAGCAUUGUCUGGAUUGACCCUGAUGACUUCCCCCUGCUUUUGCCCCACUGGGAGAAGACCUUUGGAAUCGACCUGUCCCACCCCCAGAUUGGUGUUGUCGAUGCUGACGAUGCUGACAGCGUGUGGCUGGACAUGGAUGAUGGGGAAGACCUGCCAUCUGUAGAUGAACUGGAGGACUGGAUUGAGGAUGCUCUGUCAGGUGAAAUUGACCCAGAUGAUGAUGAUGAUGAUGAUGACGACGAUGAUGAUGAUGACGACGACGACGAUGACGAUGAUGAUGAUGAUGAUGACGAUGAUGACGAUGACGACGACGAUGAUGACGAUGAUGACGAUGACGACGAUGAUGACGAUGAUGAUGACGAUGAUGAUGACGAUGAUGACGAUGAUGAUGACGAUGAUGAUGAUGACGAUGAUGACGAUGAUGAUGACGACGAUGAUGAUGAUGAUGAUGACGAUGAUGAUGAUGACGAUGAUGAUGAUGACUGGUAAAUCAUCAAGUUACAUUUAUUCUUCUGACCAAUGCAGUUUCAAGUCAACAUCAUCAACACUGUCAAAUCAUCACAUGUGUAUCUAGUUCAUAUUUCAAACAUGUCAGUUCAUUUUGAUAUCUCAUCUUCUCAUCAUCUUCUCUCUUCAUCUAACAACAACAAUAUUCCAUUACUUGUUCGUCCCUCUCCCCCACAUAUUUAGAGUCCUCCAUGUAACUAAGUACUUUCUAAGAACCUGCAGUGCCUUUAUUCCCACAUGUAACACUGUCUGGUACAAUAAAAGAAGAAAUUCUUUCAAAACCUUUCCAUUCACCGCUUUUGAUUUUCAUAUUCAUUAAGAUUUAUUUCCAAAGUACUGUUGCAAUGUUGUAUGCAUUAUGUCUGAGUCCAUCUGUAGAGUGUGUUGCAGUUUGAAUGUGUUUAUUCGUCCACUUUUUUCUUGUUUACCCCAGUAUUUAAAAAAAAAAACUGAAGUCUAAUCCAAGGGUGCUAGCAGGCUUUUCUGACGGGUCUGAAGUAUCGCCAGCCUACUCUGUGAAAUCAAUGUAACACUGUACACUGAAAGUGCUGUACAUCAUAUGGAUGUUUUCUACAAUGAUGAAAUAUGACAACAGCCUCAUUUUAUUUUUGUAACAAGAUAAAUUUAACUUACUGUAAAGUCUUAAAUAAAUGACAGCUUGGACAGAAA